AGGCCAGCGAUCUGGAAGAACAUCGUAUGAUGGAGUCUAGUACCAAUAUUAGUGAUCCUGCAUUCGGUGGUCUAGACCUGAGCAUGGAAGUGCAUGGUUCAGACAUGCUCACAUCUACACCCAAGGUCUUCUCAUUGAAACGGGACAUGCGGAUGCGUCGAGGAACCAGUAGUGGUUCUGGGUCAGACAGUAGUAUGCCGCGUAAAGCUCCGAAACUGGGCAUCGAUGCUGAAAGUAGCGAUGGAGGUGCU